AUGAAUGAGAUUUUAUGCCCAUUUAUUGGCCAGUUCGUCGUAGUAUACUUCGAGGACAUCUUGGUCUACAAUGGUACUCGAGACUCCCACCUCCAGUACUUACAACAGGUGUUUGAGGUACUUCGACAGGAGAAGCUUUAUGCCCAUCCUAAGAAGUGUAGUUUCCUCACUUCUGAGGUUACGUUCCUCAGUUUUGUCAUCUCCGAGCAAGGAGUUUCUGAGGACCCCGAAAAGGUCUACGCGAUAGUCACUUGGCCACAGCCAGGCAGCAUGCAUGACAUCCAUAGCUUCAUUGGACUAGCGACGUUCAACCGUUGCUUCAUUCGGGACUUUAGUUCCAUUACCUCUCCGCUUACUGAUUGCCUCAAGAAAGAGACCUUCCUUUGGAUAGAGCAGCUAAAUAGGCCUUCAAUCGGGUGA